AAUGUGAAACUUGCUAUAUAUACCACUCGAAGAACACCCUUAAAGCUGCAACUUUACGGGGACAAUCUUUGUCUUGGAUCUCUUAAACCUGCUGUUUGGUUUCUCUUCCGAAGAUGGAAGUUGUGCGCUUCGUAUUUGGCAUCUUCGGUAACGCCACUGCUCUCUUCCUCUUCCUGUCUCCACUCGUCACGUUUCAGCGGAUCAUCCGGAAGAGAUCGACCGAGGAUUUCUCAGGCGUUCCCUACAACAUGACCCUUCUCAACUGCCUCCUCUCCGCCUGGUACGGUUUGCCGUUUGUGUCGCCGAACAACCUCCUGGUGUCGACGAUCAACGGCGCCGGCUCAGUCAUAGAGGCGGUGUACGUGUUGAUCUUCCUCGUAUUUGCGCCGAAGAAGGAGAGGGCUCGCGUGGCGGCAUUGUUCACGUUCGUGCUCUCCGUCUUCGCCGUCAUUGCCCUCGUCUCCCUGCUUGCUCUCCGAGGCCAGCGCCGUAAGAUCUUCUGCGGCUUCGCCGCUGCCAUCUUCUCCAUAUGCAUGUACGCCUCGCCUCUUUCCAUCAUGGUAAGAAGCCUGGAUCAUCUGCCACUGCUCGGGUUACACGAAGUUCCCGUACGUGAUGGUUCCAUUUGGGCAUCUCAAUCUAAUUUACGUGCAGAGAUUGGUGAUCAAGACCAAAAGCGUGGAGUACAUGCCGUUUCUGCUGUCCUUGUUCGUGUUCUUGUGCGGGACAUCAUGGUUCGUCUAUGGCUUACUGGGUGGGGAUCCAUUCGUCACGGUGCCGAAUGGAUGUGGGAGCGCGCUGGGAGCCAUCCAGCUGAUCCUGUAUGCAAUCUACAGGAAUCACACCACCACCGACGGGGGCUCGGAGAUGAACGGCCAGGGACACAAGCGGCUGGAGGAUGACUCUCGAGCAACGGAGAAGAAGCCUGAUCACCAACCGAUAGCAGACAAGGUGUAGAGUGCAGAAGCAGUGGACUAGGCAAGAGCUGACAGCAUUGCAGUCUCUGCGAGCUCUCCUUGUGCCUUCUAUCUGCUGCCACGGUUCUUAUCUUCUUACCUUCGUUGCCACCUGCAGCAGUUGUUCCAGGAUGCCAAGUUGAGACGGAACCGACGGUGUUUUAACUUCCUUGCGAGUUCAGAUUUGGCCUGUAACUGGAACAAUGUGAAUCUUACACUUGUUUGUGAAUCUUGCGUGAGUAAUAAGCAAUGGUGAUAUAAAUCUGAUGUGAGUUGCUUUAA